AUGCCAACGACCUUGUGGGGCCCGAUCCCAGCCGUAUCGCAGCGCUUGAGAGGCCGGCUCGAUUUGCGGAUAUGGGACUGGGAAUUUCGGCAUACGCUCAAGUGUCGCGGCUUGGAGCAUCUUCUUCGAAGCGAUCUACCUCGCCCCGACAAAACUCACGCCACAUUUGCACUCUGGCGCCAUUGGUCAAUCACUGUCCGAAGAUGGAUGAAUCGCCAGCUCUCUCGCAAAAUAAGAGCGAAGUUGGGGGCCUCUCGCUUUGCUAAAAAAUACGCGGAUGAUGCCUACAAUGUCAUCCGAGAUCUUGGCUCGCACUACGACCACGCCCUAUGCAAGGCCACGUGGUUCAAGCUCAUUGAUAUGCGGUGGUUUCACUACACUACUGUGGCGCAAUACGUUACCAGUUUUCAGCGAGCACCUGUUGACGCGAAGGAGUUGAAUCGCGGUAUUAGUCCCUACACCGCACUAAUUGCGAUCCUUGGUGAACUCGAGUCAGAUGUUCCGCAUUGGGUCGCCACGGUGCUCUUAUUCUUGCCUGAAGACGCGGUGACCGAUUAUACUGACGCUGAUUAUUUCAAAGCCUGUCGCAUGGUAAUAAAGCAAGAUGAUAUGUUAAACCAAAGGAAUUCUAGGGUUGCGAGAGGCGGAUGA